AUGUUUCUAAUUGGGAGCCUUGUUGUCCUCUGUGGCCUGCUGGCCCAGACCACCGCCCAGGUGGCAGGCCUACCCUUGCCCCUGGGCCAUGGCCUACCCUUGCCAGUGGGCCAGGGUCUGCCCUUGCCAGUGGACCAGGGCCUACCCUUUGCUGCGACACCAGCUCUGCCUUCGAAUCCCACAGAUCAUCUUGCUGGAAGCUUCACAGGUGCUCUUAGCAGUGGCCUGUUGUCUGGGGGCCUGCUUGGCAUUCUUGAAAACCUUCCACUCUUGGACAUCAUGAAGUCUGCAGGAGGCAAUUCUGAGGGCCUUGUUGGGGGCCUGCUUGGAAAACUGACUUCAUCAAUCCCUUUCCUGAACAGCAUCAUUGACAUAAAAAUCACCGAUCCUCAGCUGCUGGAACUUGGCCUUGUGCAGAGCCCUGACGGCCAUCGCCUCUAUGUCACCAUCCCUCUGGGUUUGAAACUCAAAGUGAAUACACCCCUAGCUGGCAGUCUGUUGGAGCUGGCUGUGAAGCUGAAUAUCACCGCAGAAGUCUUAACUGUGAGAGACAAUCAGGGGAGGGUCCACCUGGUCCUCGGUGACUGCACCCACUCCCCCGGAAGCCUGAAAAUCUCCCUGCUUAAUGGGGUCACUCCCCUUCAAAGUGUAUUAGACAACCUCACAGACAUCUUGACUAAAGUCCUUCCUGACCUGGUACAGGGCAAGGUGUGUCCUCUGGUCAAUGGGAUUCUCAGUCACUUGGAUGUCACCCUGGUAUAUGACAUUGCUGACUUACUGAUCCGUGGACUACAAUUUGUCAUCAAGAUCUAG